CAAAUACCUAUAAAAUUUAAAGUCUAUUCACGUAAACAUUUUCAUAACGGCUCGUAAAACAAAACAUUGCGAAGGCUCAUUUGUGUUUUAAUUAAGCAUAACAAUAUAGUUGUAUAUAAGUGACAAAUAUCCUGAAUAAAUGAGUAGAGAUAAUAUUUUAGUGAAACAUGUGUUGUAAGUUGGGACUUGUCGUCGUAUCGAUUGUGGUAUUAUUACAACUAACGGAAACUAAAGAGAGUCUUGAGUCCGAUAUUUGCAAAGAUUUCAUGAGCUACGUCAAAAAACAUCAACAAAAACACAACAAAGAUGAUAGGGAGGAAAAAGACUCAGCUGAGGAUAAGAAAAAGGCUGAUAAAAAGAAGAAUUUUGAUGAACGAUUGGAGAAAUAUCUAGAAAACAAAUUUCCCUGGUGGCCUAAAAAACAAAUCGAAGACUUGGAUGCAACUGAAAAACCAAAGUCAACUGCGACGCCCUUGGAAGGAUUGGUGACGAGUUACGUUGACUUCGUAUCUUAUUUAUUUAAGAUGUUAUAAAUAAAUUAUUUUAUUAUUUUC